UUCACACUCCCACACCACCGUAAACAAAAUUGUGAACCCUAGAACACACACAACAACAAUGCUCCUAAAUCAUCGAUUCUUUCAUUAAUCCAACCCCUCAAAUCCCUCAUCCCAACCCUAAAUCCAGCAAUCCGAAUCAUCUCCACCUCAAAGAUCUCUAAUUUCCGUCAAAAAUGGCGAAAACCAGACCAGGCAAGCGAGACUUGGAAUCGUACACCAUCAGAGGCACCAAUAAAGUAGUCAGAGUCGGGGAUUCUGUGUUGAUGAGAUCUGCCGAAAACGAGAAAGCCCCAUACGUGGCUCGUGUUGAGAGCAUCGAGGCUGACGUCAAGGGAAACGUGAAGGUCCGAGUUCGAUGGUAUUAUCGUCCCGAAGAAUCAAUGGGGGGAAGAAGACAAUUUCAUGGGAUUAAAGAGUUAUUUCUCUCGGAUCAUUAUGACGUUCAAAGUGCUCAUACAAUUGAAGACAAAUGUAUUGUUCAUACUUUCAAGAAUUACACCAAGCUCGAGGAUGUUGGACCCGAGGACUACUUUUGUCGGUUUGAGUAUAAGGCUGCAACUGGAGGGUUCACUCCUGAUCGCGUUGCCGUGUAUUGCAAAUGCGAGAUGCCGUAUAACCCUGAUGACUUGAUGGUACAAUGUGAAGCUUGCAAAGACUGGUAUCAUCCGGGCUGUUUAAAUAUGACCAUUGAGCAGGCAAAGCAACUAGAUAGCUUUAUGUGCUAUGAAUGUUCAUCCAUAGAUGGUAAGAGACCUCACAAUAAGAGUUCUGCGUCUGGUCUGGCCAAUGGCAAGGUGGAAAACAAACGCCAAAAGCGGUGAUUUACACCUGUGCCUGAAGAAGGUUGUACCAUGUGUUAUGGGUGUUUGUACAUACAGAUAAUCUUAUGCCCCUGCUAAAAAAAACUCGUAGUUUUAAACUGUAUUUACGAGUCUUUAACUCCUUGCCUUGUAAUUUGAGAAUUCGUAUGUUCCAAAUUCGGUGGAUCCUUUGGGGUAUUGUUGAUUUCUGUUAAUUCAGUCUUGGUGCACUUGGGUCGAA